AAAAAGGGGCAAAGUUUAGGGGCGCAUAUGCGUUAAGCCGAAUGAAUAUACAUACACAAGGUUGUUGCAGUUUUUGGGAGAAAUUAGAGAUACCAUCAUCAUCAUGUACACAAGAGAGACAGAAACAGUGACCCCUUCAGCACUACAACACCCACAGACACACUCUCAUUUCCCCCACGCCCAACACGACGAUGACGACGUCACCGCCGCCGGAGGAGUGGAGUCCAUAGAAGACCACAUUCCCCACCACCACGCGCUGGAAGGCGGCGUUCCAAAUGACGCGCUGUAUGUACCUGCUGGCUCGGAAAUGGUUGAUGGAGGAAGUAGUAGCGAUCAGCUAAUGCUGUCGUUUCAAGGCGAAGUCUUUGUCUACGAUGCCGUUUCACCUGAAAAGGUUCAGGCCGUGCUGCUGCUUUUGGGGGGAUAUGAAGUCCCUACUGGCAUCCCUACUGUCAAUAUGGCGUCCCAGAAUCAUAGGGCUUCAAGUGAAAGUUCUGGAAGAUUGAAUCAACCGCAACGGGCGGCUUCUUUGAGUCGUUUUAGGGAAAAAAGGAAAGAAAGAUGUUUCGAUAAAAAGAUUCGAUAUACUGUUCGGAAGGAAGUUGCUCUUAGGAUGCAGCGAAAAAAGGGUCAGUUUACAUCUUCCAAGUCAGUAUCUGAUGAAGCUGUUUCUUCUUCUGUAGAGGGGAAUGCAGGCUCUAGCCAAGAAGAACAGGAAACAUCAUGUAGACAUUGUGGAAUUAGUUCGAAAUCCACUCCUAUGAUGCGUCGUGGACCAGCUGGCCCAAGGUCACUGUGCAACGCCUGUGGACUUACGUGGGCCAAUAAGGUAAUGGUAUCCAGUGGAAUUGUCAAGAUACACAAGCUGACCUGGACACUACCUUCUAGAGUGAGCCAGAAGUGUCGCAUAAUAUUUGCAUAUUGUCAUUUGCAACAAAACCUGAAUAAACAGUGGAACAUGGCUGGGGAUUUUAAGAGAUCUUACUAAAGUUUCAACUACAGGAGCUCAGGAACAUUCUUUAAAAUCUUUGGAACAGAGCAACGGUGAAGCUAAUGGAUCAGAUGCUAUGGCUGCUGCUGGUAUCAUCACUUCAGAUGAUGAGAACAUAGUGCUUCCAUCUGAACGAUGAUAGAGAGCUCUUAUUUGCGGUGACCUCUUUCGGGUUUUGAACUGAAGGUGAAAGAACUGAAAUGUUAUGCGUCUAAUAUCUGCCAAACUUGCAUACUUUUGUACAUAAGAUAUUGUAACUUAGGCAAAUACAUGAAGGAUCUUGUUGCCGAGACUUUUAGGUCUUUCCAUCUAUAGUUCUAUUCUGGUAUUCAAAUGUAACUAAUUGUGAAUCCAUAUCCCAGAUAUAUACAACUCAUUUAAGCACCAAA